AUGGACUCAGGAAGGGUACAAUACUUUCUCAAGGGAAAGACCAUUUUAGUCACUGGUGCAACGGGCUUCUUAGCAAAAGUUUUUGUGGAAAAGAUACUAAGGAUCCAGCCACAGACACAAAAAUUGUAUCUUCUCAUAAGAGCAAUAAACACUGAGUUGGCCGCACAACGCUUGCAAAAUGAGGUCAUUCGGACAGAUUUGUUUAGAGUGCUACGAGAUGAGUGUGGUGAAGAUUUUGAAUCUUUUAUAUCAGAGAAGGUUGUGGUCAUAGCAGGAGAUGUUGCUCUCGAGAAUUUGGGACUGAAAGAUGAGAAUCUUAAAAAUGAGAUGUUCCAAGAGAUAGAUGUUGUUGUGAAUUUUGCUGCAUCUACAAAAUUUGACGAAAGAUUUGACUUCUCAAUGGGUGUUAAUACAAUGGGUGCCUUACAUGUCUUAAACUUCGCAAAGAAUUGUCAUAGAUUGGAGGCUUUUGUCCACACAUCAACUGGUAAAGUAUCUAUACCACAAAGCAUAAAACCUAAGGAUGGAGAAGCAAUAUUUCGAGAGAAACCAUUUGAGAUGGGUCAAACCCUGAAAGGGACCUCAAAAUUAGACAUACACACAGAAAUGAAUUUGUUGGAGAAAAAAAAAGAUGAACUCCGAGCAAAGAAUGCUGAGGAAAAUAGAAUAAAAUAUGAAAUGAAAGAUUAUGGAAUUGAAAGAGCAAAUUUGUAUGGUUGGCCUAACACAUAUGUAUUCACAAAAGCAAUGGGAGAGAUGCUUGUGGUGCAUCAUAAAGAUAAUGUGCCCUUAAUCAUUAUACGCCCCACAAUGGUAACCAGUACGUACGAGGAUCCAUUUCCUGGUUGGAUUGAAGGUUCAAGAACUCUUGACAGUAUAAUAUGUGGCGUCGGUCAAGGAAAAAUAACACACUUUCUUGGCCAUCCCAACACAAUUUUAGAUACGAUACCAGCAGACUUGGUGAUCAAUUGUGUGAUCACAGCAAUUGUUGCUCGUUCAAAUCAAGCUCCUAAGAAUUUCAUCUUCCAUGUUUCUUCUUCAUUAAGAAAUCCUUUCAAAAUUUCAGAUGUUCAUAAUAUCAGCUAUAAUUAUUUCAUUAAAACCCCUUACCAAAAAAAUGGAAAACCAAUAAAUAUCUCCAAGCCGUCUUUGUUGACAAGUGUUGCUGCAUUCAACAUUUCUAUGACGAUCCGAUAUGUCUUGCCCCUAAAGGUCUUAAAUUUGGUCAACAAAGUUUUUUGCCAGUGCUCCCAAGAUUUUUAUGAUACUAACUGCAGAAAAAUCAGAAUGGUGAAACGGCUGGUAGAACUAUACAAGCCAUACUUGUUUUUCAGGGCCGUAUUUGAUGAUACAAACACAGAGAAUUUACGAAGGGAAACAAAGGGCAACCUUAACUUGGAGGUUGUGGGAUUAAACUUUGACCCCAGCAGCAUUGAUUGGAAAGACUACAUGAUGAAUUCACACAUUCCUGGUCUCGUCAAGUAUGCAAUGAAAUAA